CUUCCGUCCAUGCCCAGACGCGUGAACCCCGCCAAUUAAACGCAGAAACGCGUAUCGUGAGGCUUCUUCAACAGUUCAACCACACACCUCAUCGUCUGCACCAUCGGUCCGCCCAAGAUGCCACCCAACGAGCGGGCAGAGAAGCAGGCGGCUGCACAGCAGGCAGUUGACAUUCUGCACGAGAUUGCCACCAUUCUCAACUGCCAUCUCGACCGUCGGACUCUGUCCAUCUGCAUCUCCAUGAUUGAGAAUGGAGUCAACCCCGAGGCUCUGGCGAAUGUCAUCAAGGAACUCCGCAAACAGGGGCAAGAAGCCCAGCUCGAGACCCCAGCUGCCGCAGCCUCCACGCGACGGAGAUGAAGCAAACUCGCUGCUGUAUUUAGAGUCACCAUGCCGCCUCUCUUCCCACAACCCCAGCGACGAUAUCAAGAACAACGGACUAGAGAACGCUUUACCGGCCAUAGCCAUGACAGAAACCAGCAUAGCAUAACCCAUGCCUGGCAUUCAGCAUUAGCUGAGGGCCGGCCAUUCUUCGAUCUUCGUCUCGACGAUUGGUCCACCCGAAACCAACCACCGGCUUGACCAGGUUGUCGCCGCUGUGGUGUUUCGAGGCAGCCAUGCCGAACCCGUGUAAGCUAUCAACCAGUGUCUCACGGCACAGCACACCAGGUCGUAGCUUUAUCUCCGUGGAUCAAGACGGAACGGUCGUCAGCAUCAGGCCUGGCGGAUCAAGGGCGAGUUGCUCAAUUCCUUAGCCACAUGCAUACGCUCAACAAGAUCCUCUAUCCUAGCCCCCCAUGUUGCAAGAUAUGGUAUGGUGUUGAUAACAUGACGAUGACGCUGAAACUCAAU